GUUGCAGUGGCGAUAUUUCCGUCUCUCAAUUAAAUCGGAUAGAACUCUGAAUCGAAUCCGCCAAAAUGAGAGCUCUUCAGGCCUCCACUUCCUACGGCGUCGGAAUUUCGUCCUUUGCCACUCCUCCUCGUCUGCUUCAUCGUCGCCGCCCCGUUGUCUCGGCCCAAGAAUAAGCAGAAUAAACCUGAACUUGUGGUUUGGGCUUGGUGUCUAAGACCAAACACAAGCACAUGGUACAAUAUGCGUAUUGCUGAAUAUAUUUUCCUAAUUUCGUUUCCAGCGGAACCAACCGAGAAGAAUGUUGAAAUUAUGAGGAAGUUCUCAGAGCAGUAUGCUCGUAGGUCUGGCACAUACUUCUGUGUUGACAAAGGAGUCACUUCUGUAGUUAUCAAGGGACUGGCAGAACAUAAAGAUACACUGGGUGCACCACUUUGCCCUUGUAGGCACUAUGAUGACAAAGAUGCCGAGGCAGGGCAAGGCUUCUGGAACUGUCCAUGUGUUCCUAUGAGAGAGAGGAAGGAGUGUCACUGCAUGCUCUUUCUCACCCCUGAGAACGAUUUUGCUGGCAAGGAGCAGACCAUUUCCUUGGAAGAAAUCCGGGAGACAACGGCCAAUAUGUAGUGUCCUUUCGUUAGUGCAUUAAUGAAUCCGGCUGUCUGAAAUAUGAUAGUUAUAUCAUGUAUAUUUUGUGUUUUGGUAGUAAUCCAGUUCCACUCUGGUUAAAGCUUUCUGUAAAAUAUUUCAGCCUCCCUGGGGAGAAGUUUAUUGAAGCUCCCUUUACCUAAAAAACUUGGUUGCUUU